GUGGCUAAGAAAUAUCUCCGGACGGCUUAACUCGACCCCUGGACCAUCCAACAACCACCACACUUUCAACAACCCCGACCAAGCCCCGUAUUGCUACUAGUAUACCAUUGAAGGCGACGAUUGUCGCGGGCAGCCGAAAAGACUUUCAAGGCAUCGUUAGCCUCGCCGGCCGCCUUUUGGCGGGCCUCUAAUCUACGUUCACCAUGUGGCGCCUCUUUCGGCCAGCAAGGACAAUAUUCCCCUCCUCACGGGUUGCUUCACACAUCCAUAAGGGCCAGACAGUCGCACUCCACAGAGUUAGAUUUAGCAGACCUCGUGUCAGGCUAAGGAACAUCCUCGUCAGCGGCGCCGUCGUGUUCGGAUGCUAUGCGCUUUAUAGCUCGGUAGUGAUAUCCCCGUUGAUAAAAUGGGUGGAUGAUCACGAGGAUGAGUUGUCGGCCGAGGAGCGGAAGGAAAUGGAUGAGUUGGAGCCACUUUUCGUCGCCUUCCCGUUCACUAUCAAGGCUGUCCAGCCUCUCCCGUACGCCGGCACAGACCCAGAAUGGACCGAGUUUGUGAAGCUGUCAAAAGACGACAAGCUACAACGCAGGAUACGGUUUAGUCUUGCGCAUAUCGUCCGAUCGGUCGCCCAAAACAGCGCCAUGCUCACGGCGAAGUGCGGAAAAGACAUGAAAGUCAAGAAAUUCUGGAUAGACAUGGACUUCCCGUACAGACCACCUACGGAAUAUGAGCGCUCUGGUCUUCUGGUUACAGACGAUACAAUCGAAUGGGCCACCCGAUCAGUUGACUCCUCGACAGUCUUCCGAACGAACCGAAUUCUCUGGCCCUCGCCCCUGUUUCUAUCAACGUGGGCUUUCGCCGGUACCCUUCUAAAGCAGAACGUGCUCGACGUAGCAAGGAUGUUUGGGUAUGAGCCGAAAACACCCACGAUCUUUCCCCCUGCGCAGAAUCCUCCUGGAACUCCUGUAAAUCCAGCGAACCCGCCUCCGCUGCCGCCUUCGCACCACCCGGAAAUACAAAAGGCGAUUCAACGGAUUAGGCAGCAGGCUACACCGCGGCCCGAGGAAGUAAAAGACCCCCGUGCAAUGGCAACGCAGAGCCGACAGAUACCGGACGCGAACCCCUCGGCGGUGCCAUCGGCCGGACCAGCCGAUGCCGAAGGCAAAGGUGGCGAGUCAGGCAAGCGGACUGCGCCGGAGGAGCUGUUCCCUGGCCACGACACGAUACGGUCGCUGACGUCCAAGCCGUGGCGGGAAUUCAGGCAGAAACUGUCGCAGACAUAUAAGCCACGCCGGGAGCAGCCCCCCCGCGGCGCCGUCCUGGUGUCGGGCCUGGUGGAGUUGGACACGAGCAAGGCAUCGAUCGUCAUCGACGUGUUUGCGUGGUACAACCCCAAGACGAGGCGGUUUGACGGGAAGUCCAUGUGGAUGGGUCUGAGGAAGGUGCAGAUGAAGACGCAGUCGCCGCUACGGAGGUGAUAGCACGCAAAACACCCCCCUUCUCCCUGGCCCGGGGCGUUGUCGUGCUAGAUCGUCUCGGCGCCCGCUGGGCCUCAUCUCUUCUCACAGACACGUCAAGAGGAAUGCAUGGAUCGGCGUUAUUAAAAGGUAUUACAGGUGUGGCAUCAUUGUUUGGUGGGCGUAAGCAGGGUUCAGGUUUGACACUGAUACCAUAGAGAGACAGCGUUAGCAAACAGGCUUAGCAUCGUCGCCCGCAUUUGUACUGGCUUGUUCGAUCAAGUACAUAUCAUGAAAUCUAUCAUAAAAUCUAUCAUGAUCACGCUUCCCGGGUAUGCCUGUCUGUUCUGCUGAUUUGCGGUAUACCUAGCUCAGAGGCGGAAGUCAGCUCGGGCAUAUCCGUCCCCGAGCUGACUGGCGAACUGAAUGGGGAUUGGACACCAAUGCAAGACACCGAUGCGAAUCCGAGUGUGACUCAUAAGGCGACAUACG